CUCAACAUCACUAUCUGAAUAAUAGUGUCGACACAGUAGCUGCCUGUAUCAAUGCUGGUUGUAAUGUUGAACUAGGAUUUCCAACGGUGAAAAAAGUCUACGAAUCAUUAGGUGCAGCUAUAUCCGAAGGAAAGAUUCUGGAAUCAAGAGUACGAGAAUUGAUGAAACCUGUUUGGUAUACCAGAAUGAGAUUAGGUGAAUUUGAUCCACCAGAAAUGAAUCCUUACAAACAGUUAAAUGCAUCAUCAGUUGUACAGAGUCCAGAACACAGACAACUCGCUAUACAAACAGCUAUGAAAACAUUAGUCCUUCUGAAGAACGACAACAAAUUUCUACCAGUAGGAACCUCCAUAUUUGAUACAGUAGCAAUUGUUGGUCCUGUAGCAAAUAACACGGUCGUUCAGACUGGCAAUUACUCCCCAAAGGUAAAUCCUCGCUACACCACCACACCCUUACAGAACCUCUCUAGAUUAGCAGUAGGAAAAGUACAGUUUAGUGAUGGCUGUAAUGGUGAUACAAAGUGUACUAAUUACGAUCAAGCUGGUAUUAUUAAAGCUGUUACAGGUGCUGAUUUCGUCAUUGUCUGCUUAGGUUUAGGUAAUGCAAUAGAAAAAGAAGGUAACGAUAGAGCUACAAUAGAUUUACCCGAAAAUCAAUUACAACUUCUACAAGACGCUGUUAAUAAUAGUCCAGCUAAUAGUCCUGUUCUUCUCAUCUUAUUUAAUGCUGGACCUGUUGAUAUAACAUGGGCUGAUAGUAAUCCUAGAGUUGUAGCUAUUGUAGAAGCUUUUUAUCCUUCACAAGCUACAGGAUCAGCUUUAUUCAAUCUUCUUACAAUGACUGGUCCUGAUUCUGUUCCUGCUGCUAGACUACCGUUUACAUGGCCCAUGCAUGAAAGUCAGUUGCCACCAAUGGUAAACUAUUCUAUGGAAGGCCGAACAUAUCGCUACCUCAACUACGAUCCACUUUAUCCCUAUGGUUAUGGUUUAUCUUAUACAAGUUUUACCUAUUCUAAUCUACAAUUUAGUCAGUCAAUAUUAGCAGGCAAUGAUGUAGAGGGAUCAGUAGAUGUUUAUAAUAAUGGUCAAAUAUCAGCUGAUGAGGUUAUUCAAGUUUAUAUCAACUGGCAAAAUAGUCCAGAACCAACACCUAAACUACAAUUAGUGGAUUUUAAGAGACAAUAUAUUAUAGCUCAGAAUAAAAUAAGAGUAACAUUUAGAGUUAAAGGUGAAAGUAUGGCUGUGUGGAUGGAAGAUAACAGUGGAUGGAUGGUAUACCCAGGACAAUAUGGAUUAUUUGUUGGUGGUCAACAACCCAAUCAGAAGAAAUCUAUUGGUUCCAAUGUUUUAUCAGGAAACUUCAGUGUUACAGAAACUAAAUUUUUAGGAAAAUAUUAAAUGAUUUUAAAACAUUCUUAAAUUUCUAC